AUGCCAGGGAGGCAGAGUGGCGUGGCCAAGGAGGCGCAAGGAGGCAGAGUGAAUCUGGCCAAGGAGGCAAAGGAGGCAGAGUGGGCGUGGCCAAGGAGGCGCAGGGAGGCAGAGUGGGCGUGGCCAAGGAGGCGCAGGAGGGAGAGUGGGCAAGGAGGCGCAGGAGGCAAGUGGGCGUGGCCAAGGAGGCGCAUGGGAAGGAGGCAGGGAGGCAGAGUGGGCGUGGCCAAGGAGGCGCAAGGAGGCAGAGUGGGCGUGGCCAAGAAGGCGCAGGGAGCAGAGUGGGCGUGGCCAAGGAGGCGCAGGGAGGUGCAGAGUGGCGUGGCGGGAGGGCAGGAGGCAAGUGGCUGGCCAAGGAGGCGCAGGGAGCAGAGUGGGCGUGGCCAAGGAGGGCAGGGAGCAGAGUGGGCGUGGCAAGGAGGCGCAAGGGAGGCAGAGUGGCGUGGCCAAGGAGCGCAGAGGGGCGUGGCCAAGGAGGCGCAGAGGCAGGCGUGGCAAGAGGCAGAGUGGGCGUGGCCAAGGAGGCGCAGGGAGGCAGAGUGGGUGGCCAAGGAGGCGCAGGGAGGCAGAGUGGGCGUGGCCAAGGGAGGCGCAAGGAGGCAGAGUGGGCGUGGCCAAGGAGGCGCAGGGAGGCAGAGUGGGCGUGGCCAAGGAGGCGCAGGAGGAGGCAAGGAGGCGCAAGGAGGCAGAGUGGGCGUGGCCAAGGAGGCGCAGGAGGGCAGAGGAGGCGCCAGCGUGGCCAAGGGAGCGCGCAGGGAGGCAGAGUGGGCGUGGCCAAGGAGGCGCAAGGAGGGCAGAGUGGGCGUGGCCAAGGAGGCAGGGAGGCAGAGAAGGAGGCGCAAGGCAAAGGAAGAUAAGGAGGAGGAACUUUGA